AUGAUUCCAAGAACAAAAUGGCAGAUACUCCGACGGCCAUACUUGUUGUAUUGUCAGUCUAUCAGGCUCCGACACAAAGCUCCGAGAAAGAGCUCGGAUAUUAAGGCUUCUGGUGGUGCCUCAGCUGCCAGUACUUUCUUAUCAGAUCUAGAUAAGAUUGUUGAUAGACGCCUGAAAUGGCCAAGCCCCACUAUACAAAAUAGAAAUGCGGGUCAGAAACCAGAAGAUGCGCCCUCUAUCAGUAAUAAAAAGGCGUUGCUAGCGAUCAUUUCCGAGUGUCGUGACAGAACAGUUCUCCGGGUUGAAAAACCGGCUAAGCAAUGGUCAGCUUCUCAAGGUCCACAUUUGAAAGCAAAAAUAGAUGAGUUCUUCACUAAUGCAACAGUGUCUAGGGCGCAACUACAAAAGCCGAUUGCAAUAGGAGACUUGGUGCUGAUCCUGGACCAGAACACAAAGUUGCACUUGGUAGUUGCUCUACCUCCGGAAUUAGGCCAAGAUACCUAUACGUUUUUAAGUGAGGAUGGUGAAAUAUUAUAUGGACCAAAAGGCUGUAUCAAGUUGCGAGUUCCAGACGUUUUACCUUCUCAACUAGUUGAAUCUCUCAAUCUCAUAACAAUGGAAGAAAAGUAUCCGGGAGUGGCACCAAGUGGAAUGCCUGAUAGCACAUUCUCCAAGGGUACUAAAACAAAUCCAUUGGAACGUAAGAAAUGGAGAAGAGAUAGGGAUAAUCUCGAAAAAUCCACUGCUCCUCUGGCCAGCGAGGCAAGCUUGCACAACGUCGGAGAUGACUUGUUAGUAGCACAAGCAACCUCUCAGUUCUUGACCGAUACUGGAGUUAAUACAUUCAUCGUACCUUCGAGCGCACGCGAUGUGUAUGCCAAGCUGUUACGGAAACUUUCAAUUGAGAGUUUCCUGUUGAUCGCGUUCUACGCAGAGAGACUAGAUCUAUUCUACAGGUGUCUCGACGAAAACAAUGGUGGGCAGUUGUUGAGAAAAAGAACAUUUUCGCUCUUUGAAUUGUAUCAAAUACUUACCGGUCCCUCGUUCCAGCAACAAGAAUCAUGCCCGGUGGAAGACGCAGAAACGUCGAAGAUUGCAGCUGCCCACUAUGUUGCACUUCUCUCGAGUCUUCGAAAAAGCAGUCGCACCUGGAGAAUUGAAAUGCUGAGAUCGAUAAUGAUGCCUGUGGGGGUGACUGCAAUCACUGAACAGUUUUAUUGGGAAUCAGAGAUCGCCAAGAUGGAGCUCAAAAGCAAAAGUCUUGUAGAUUUCGCCAAUUUCUAUGUGAGCUUCUUGAAAGGAGAAAAUGCCAGACCAAGUAGCUACAACACCAUUGUCAAAGCUCUAAAAUCCUUUGUUGCGAAUGAUUAUGCAAACGAUCAGGUUAUGACAAGUCUAAUGAGUGUUCUCGUCAAGAAAAUCGAUGUACUCAGAGACAUGUCAUUGCCAGGAUACGACAGCAAAGCGGAAAGUGUCAGGUCAAAAGCUUACGAAAUCCUGAAGAGAUUAGACGAGAACAAGGAGCAGAACCCAGAGUCUUGGAGCUCACUGACCAAAACUCCAUACACACAAGCAAACCUUGAUGCCGAUUUAUUGGCUGAUUAUCUUGACUUUUUUGAUGUCAAGUUCGUUUCCCAUCAAGAUAAUACUUCCGAAGAAAUCAACGAGAACCUUUAUUUAAUGGACCCGCUAGCAAAAGUUCGUGAAGAUUUCGGAGAUACACCCGUUUAUUGUAUCGAUGCAGCGACAGCUCAUGAGAUCGAUGAUGGAAUCUCCAUUUCGGAAACACAAACGAACUACGUUAUCUCUGUUCAUAUUGCCAACCCGACCUCUUUCAUAAAGCCGGAAUCAAAGAUUAGCGAGCUCGCGUUAGAGAUGGGAAGCACCUGCUACAAUCCGGAAGGACCCAUCAUGAUGUUGCCUUUUACAAUAUCUCAGAUGUGUGGAUUGGAGCCACCAAGACGUGACGGGGAGUCCAAGCGAACUCUAGCAAUACAAUUCUCUUUGGAAAAAUCUUUGAUUGACAACUAUUUGAAUGAUAUAAGAGCAAGCAAAGUUCAAAAACCACCAGUUCAGUUGGCAGAGAAGAUCCAGCAAAAUAUCCUACAAACUGUUCAAGUGAAGGCAUUCAAUGCAAAGAACUUCCCGAAAAAUUUCACCUACGACCAUGUCAACAAAAUAUUAAGCUCUCCAGAGAACAUGAAAUCUUUUGCUGCCGAUACUUUACCUCUAAAGUCUCAUGAGGCAAACCUUUUCAAACUCUAUCACAUCUCAAGCAUACUCAGACAUAUUCGUAUGAAACUUGGCAAGGGCUUGGAAAUCAAUAAUCCUGCUAGUGGUGUGAUGGUUGAUUAUUUGGAUUUUGCUCAGCCCAAUCGCAUCUCUGAAGUCGAAAACGGCUGGUCCGCAACAUUGGAUGCUUGUGACGACAACAAAGUCCCUAUAGUUACUGUAACAAACAAUCCGGACCAGAAUUUCAUGUCCAAGUCUCAACAGCUCGUGUCUAAUUUCAUGAUCACCGCCAACUUUGCGGGCGCCCAUUUUGCCAACUCUCGAGAAAUCCCGUUCAUCUACAAGGAGCAAAGUCUCAACAUGUCAGACGGUGUCAGAACCUCACUCGAAAGAAUGACUCGGAGCGUUUAUGAGAAUGGGCAGACUCCAGACCUAGCGGAACAAUCAUCACUAGGCUCAGUAUUGACUACAGCAAAUUUCACUACUAGAGUUGGUUCGCACACAUCUCUAGGCCUCGAACUAUAUCUGAACCUCACAUCGCCAUUGAGAAGAUACGUGGAUUUGGUAAACCACUGGAAUUUGCAGCUGCAUCUCUUGAGAGAUAGCGACAAUUGCGAGCGCUACAUUCGCGAUAUCGAACGAAUUGUUAGCAAACUACAGUAUCGCGAGUUCAUGAACAGAGCCACACAACGUCUGUCAAACAAAUUCUGGAUUUGUCGCUUUUUGGAUGAGUAUUUCAAGGCGAAAACAAGAGGCACCGUCGAUGUCCCAAUAACGUUUUCCUUUGUGCUACGUAGCGACGCCAAGUAUGGAGAUGUCAAGGCAUCUAUGAUUGAAUUUACAGGGAUCAAUGUAACCAUCAUUCAAAACGAGUAUUUGCUUGAGGAGUUCAAGAAGCAGAACCUUCAAGUUGGCAGUGUUGUGCAAAUGCAAGAUUUUCGAGUCGUAUCUCUUAACUCCGUCGAAGGCGAACUCAUUAUCGAAUUCAUAUAA